AAGAGAACCUCCGCUGGAACGCGGCCUUGUGCCGGGUGAAUGACACCAGUGAUGCACAGGGUUGCAAUGUCAAGAAGGCUGAAUCCUCACGCGCCUGUGUUCGUGCCUCGGAGCUCUGUGCCAAAUACCCAUGUCACGAAAUUUGCCCUUGGAGGGGCGGAGCAGAAUCAUCCGUGGGCGUCAUGUGAUCAAAACAACGAGUCGAAGGAAUUGUUUGAGAUUCUCCCAGACGAGAUUUUGACCACCAUUCUCCUCAGGCUUGAUGAUCCCACCGAUGUGGCCGCGACGGCCAGCACCUGCAGUCGCCUGCGCUCUCUGUCUGGAGCAGCCCCACUCCGUCUGCGAGUGGGCCCCAAGCGCUUCAUUGAGGAAGGGACCAGGGAUAAGCUGCGCUCCUUCAUACUUGGCCUGAGCCGCACUUUCCGAGGUAUCCGGGAGCUGAAUCUGCGGGGGCUGCCUGUUGAGCUGGAUGAUCUGAUGCUGGUGGUCCAGCAUCUGCCAAGUCUGUGUGUCAUCCACCUCUCCGGUGCACAGAAGCUGCCUCCCAGUGUCUCUGCUCUCUUCUCAACCUCACCUGGGCAGGCCCAAGCGAGCAGCUCUGGCCAGAUACAGGCAGCGAGCCUGGCGCGCUGCUUUCAGCUGACCAGCGAGGCGCUGUCGGACGCCCUGAGGGCAGCAGCCUGCCCACUGUCGCGCCUGAGGACGAUUGCCUUGUCCCACCUGGACCUGGCCUCCUGGCCGCCUGCCUCCCCUGUCGUAGACUUGACGGAGCCUCAGGAUGAGCACGCUUCAGCAACCCAGCCACUGCAUGCACGCCAACCGCUCGACUGCUUUCCCCCAAUUGGCCGCCUGCAGAUCCUCAGCCUGCACAACUGCGCCAAGAUCAGCGCGUCGGGUCUGGCGGCGCUUGGGCGGGCCUGCCCACAGCUGCGCAUGCUGCUUCUGGGCGGCUGCACGCUGGCGCCCUGCCUCCCGCCGGCGCCGGCCGCCGCGCACCCCCCGGCCGGCCCCGAGGACCCCCCUAUGCCGGCGGCCACCGGUCCCCUACGCGUGAUUGGUGUCGUGGAGCAGGGGCAGUACAUAGCGGGCGGCGCACAGAGCGGCCUGCAGAUGCUGCGCGAGGCGGUGGAGGGCGGCGGCGCCGGCUGGGCCGGGGGUGCGGCCAGCGCGGGUUCAGUGGCGCUGCUGUGGGGCCUCGUGUGCGCCCUGCCCCGCCUGCGCGUCCUGGAGCUCACCCACUUCUCUGCGGCCGUCGUCGACGGCGUGCGCGCCCUGCUCUCCCCUUCCGCUUCACCGGCGCUGGAGGUGUGGGACUUGUGCCGGCCUCAGUCGAUCCAGGCAGCGCAGUGCUUCUUGAGGGAGGAGCAGCAGAGCGCCGAGGGGCGGGGAAUGGCCGGGGAUGUCGCCCUGGCCCUCCAGGAGGCUGUCAACUGCAGCUCCAUCGCUCGUCAGACCCCACUGCAUGCCGCUGCGGAGGCGGGCAAUGCUGUCAUGGUCAAGGCGUUAUUGAGCUUGGGAGCAGCUGUGGAUCCGCGCGACCGUAGUGGCAGCACACCCCUGAGCGUAACUGCAGAGGAGGCCGGCCGCACUGGCGCAGCCGCUGCUCUGCUGGCAGCUGGGGCGGAUGUGAGGGCGAAGAAUGCUGCAGGAGAGGCUCCCAUGUACAUUGCCAGCCUGCGUGGGCACGCUGCAGUGGUGCAGGUGCUGCUGCAGUUCCACGAGCGCCAUGGCAUCUCCUGGACGGAGCCGGAGCUGUAUGGGGACGGCUGGACGCCGCUGAUGGCAGCGGCGGUGGCGGGGCGGCAGCACAUUGCAAUGGUGCUGUUGCAGAGGGCUGGCGCCUCCGCCACCGACCUGGUGCAGGCCGCCAACCGCUACGGCCUAACUGCCGCCCACAUCGCCGCGCGCAGCGGCAACGUCCCCCUCCUGCGCUCCCUCCUGGAAGCUGGCGGCGGCUCCAUUGCCAAGGCGCAAGACGGCAGCGGAGAGACGCCCAUCGACGUGGCCAAGCGCUACAAGAACGUGUGCGCGGCCAAGCUGCUGAGCGACGCCAUGCACUUCCCUUCCCUGCGCGGCGACCAUGACUGCGGCAGCCGCGCCCGCAACCCAGCCUCGGGGCCGCCGGCGCGCGCCCAGCAACCGCACCUCGAUGUCUUCUUCGACAGUGGGGUUGAUGAUGGAAACUUGAGAAUGCUUGGGGUGUGUGACGGUCACUAUGGCAAGGGUGCAGCAGCCUAUGUCUCCUCAUCUUUCUUCACAGAACUCCAACAAAGGCUGUCAAUGGACUGUCAUGCUGAUAGAGACAGCGCAGCUGCUGAGCUCAGAGAGGCGGUGACAGGAACAUUUGUGACGCUUGCUGAGCGAUUUGAGCGCUCUAAGAAGAUUUCAGGCACUACCCUCACCGUGGCAAUCCUUACUGGAGACCUUUUGACGGUCGCCAACAUUGGCGACUGCAAGGCUUUCCUCGACACCGGCCGUGAGAUUGUGGAGCUGACAAGCAGCCACCGCAUUGAGGAGAAUGCAGGGGAGCAGAGGCGGCUGCAGAUGGCGGGAGCUCUGGUGGGGCGCAGCUGCGCGGCCUUGAAUGGCCCCACAGCGGAGGGCGAGAAGGGCAUCGGGAAACUGAGGGUGUGGGCCAAAAGCGGGCUGGGGGGACUGCGCGUUGGGCGCGCCAUAGGCAAUGCGGAGAUUGGGCGGUGUAUUGUACCGCACCCACACAUACGCCAGAUUGUUGUCCCGGCAGCGGGCGCGCGCUUGAUUCUAGGCAGCGACGGAUUGUGGGACCCCCUGGCCACCAGCAAGGUCUUCUCGCUGUGCCAGAAGCUGCCCCUGCAGGCCGCAGCGCGGUGCCUCUGCAACGCCGCCUACAGAGCGCAGGGGAGUGACAUGAAGGACGAUGUGUCGGUGAUCGUCGCGGACAUGCUCCCGGGCUCCGGCGCGCAGGACUGGCCGGCCGUGCGAGCCUCCCUCGCGACAGGGCCCAAGCGGUGGCUGCCCGCCUGCAUGGCGCGCCCGGCCGUCAAAGACGCCGGGGCCGACUCCUGCGCAGAGCUGACAGUGGUGGCUGAUGUGGACACGUGGGCGGAGUAUGCUGCUCGCUGCGAGGCGUCCGCGCGCAAGGCGCUGACUCGCGAUGACUCAGCCAUGCAGAACCUGGACAAGCAGCACAAGGCGCAGCAGGCGGACGCGCUGCCAGCGAGCCAUGCUGUCAUCAGCUAGAAUAAAUUACCUUGAAGGCUUUAGCAGUAUCGUUCAGAGUGUCAUCUUGGCAUCUGUGUAAAUUGACUUGUACAUUCAUUCUCCGCACGUAGGCGUGUGGAAAGACAAGCAGGCUCUCAUUGAUGAUUGUCAUCGAUGGGAGCCCCUUGUGGUCAGAGCUGUGCCACAGCAGAGCUAGGCAGGGAGGUCUUCUCACCAGAUUGAUAUGGGAGCAAUGGCAUUGCUGGAACAUGCUAUGCCAUUCUGUCUGAGGUCAGGAAGCUGAGAGGCGUAGGGACAGCAUGCCAUUUUCUGUUGUGGCAUGGUGACUAAGACACUCUUUCAGUGAUUCAGGCUUACUUCAGGAACGUUCAGAGGAUCAUGGACAGUGGUUGUCCAGGACCAUGCAGUAGGCACCGAAAGCCGGCUUAAGGUGUCGGACUGCGCACUAACCUAGACCCCACAGAUUGGGCAUGAUGGGAAGACUUAAGGGCAGGGUGGCUUUGCUCCUCAGGAGAUGCUCUUGAGGGGCUGUAGUCCCCAUGUGGGGCAUCAUUGUUUAUAUUUGUUUAUAGGAUAUUUCAUUGUUCAGCAGCCCGAGAGCUUUGUCACCUUCAAAGCUCCAGCUGUUGAUGCUUGGGAUUUUGGGCCCCAUUUGAGCCGAGCACCAAGCAAUAAGCCAGGUGUAAGUGUCAUUUUCAAAAUGCCUUAUUUGUUCAGAGCAUGAACGCACAACCUCAUGUACUGGGUUGAUGAGGUGUGUGUCUGCAGUUAUGUAAUUGUUGGGCACUCC